AUGGAGGAGCUGCUGAAGUUGAAGGAUUCAUUGCCGGUCGAAGGGUCUCCGCAUGGAGAGGCCCAUGGGCAGCAGUUGCGCUUUUGGCUCUGUUUGGGGCACCUCAUGUCGAUCGAAUCCCACACCGUGGCAGCCGCGGCCGCCGCGCGGGAGGCGCUGCAGCGGGGCGCCUUGCUGCCGGCCACCCGAGUGGUGGUGCAGAACGUUUGGGCUCAGGCCGUGGUGCAGGGACCCAAGAGGCUUGUGUUGGACCUGGUGGAGCAGCUGAAGGACACGGAAAUGCCCGAGGCCUUCGCCACGAACUCGUUGGCGGUGGCCGCCCAGCUGCUGCUGCAUCCGGACUUCGCCUUGAGUGAGGGCAACGAGCUGGAGCAGCUUUGGUCGGCCACCAUCGCCUGGAGUGCCUCCUAUGUCCACCAGCCACGGCUCUUGGCCUCCUUGGUGCUUUUUCACGCCUUGGAGGAGCAGCGCAUCAGAACACCGGGCUGGUACUUGGAAGCCUUGCACCAACAGGUCCGGGAUGCCUCGGCCUUCAAGAAGCUUCGCUCCAAGGUGAAGAUCGAGGAUUGGAUCAGUGAUUGCUGGCGGGAAGUCCUCAAGCCAACCCGACCCUUGGACGUCCAGCUUGCAAAGGCCUGCAAACAGGUCGCGGGAGACUUUUGGUCACCGCCAGAUGAGGAUGCGGAUGAGCAUGUGUCAGGCAGCCACCAACGGCGGCCCGAACGACCAGGCAAUGACCAAGGCGAUGUCGUGGACAUCGUGGUUUGUGCCUCGUUGGUCGACAAUGUGCCCAACAUGGCUGGCCUCGUUCGCACCUCCGAAGCCUUACUGGGCCGCCGAGUGGAAGUGGCGUUGAGGAACGAGAAGGUUCUACAAGAAGCCAGCUUCCAGAAGAUGGUGGUGGCUGCUGACAAGAGCGUUCGCUUGUCCUCUGUGCCCUGCGGACCCCGCCUGCUGGCCUUUCUGCGAGAGCAUCGAUCCGCUGGGCGUGAGGUCAUUGCGUUGGAGCAGACAUCAUCUUCAGAAAUGUUGCAGGCAGAACUCCGCUUGCCUCAACGUUUUGUGCUCCUUCUGGGGAGCGAACAGGAAGGGUUGCCCGCUUGGCUGCUGCAGAGUGGCCUAGUGGAUCGAUGUAUCGAGCUUCCCUUGCGGGGGCAGACGGGAUCCUUGAACGUGCACGUUGCAGCCGCCAUGCUCUUGUGGCACUAUCGCUUGCAGCAUUGA